AUGAGUGAAUGUUGGUUAAAUGUUGUUGUGGUUUAUGUAGUUGGACAAAACCCUACUCUGAAUGCUAUCACUCAAUAUGUUAAGUCUCAAUGGCAAACCCAGGAAGAGACUCAAGUGUUUAAGCAUGAUGAAGGUUUCUUUAUUGUUAGACUGAAGUCUAGGGAGGAAAGGGAUAAUAUUCUGUUUUCAAGGCCUCACUUAUUCUUUGGUAAAGCUAUGAUAGUUAAGCAAUGGAGUGCCAGUUUUAACUUUCAUGAGGAAGUUUUAAAGGUAAUUCCAAUUUGGGUAAAGCUGCCAAACCUACCUAUGAAUUGCUGGGGAGAGGACUCUUUGAGUAGGAUAGGCAGUGUACUAGGUGUCCCACUUUAUGCGGAUGAAUGUACCAUCCAGGGCUUACGAAUUUCUUAUGCUCAUUUGUUGAUUGAGAUGGAUGUUACUCAGGAAAUACCUAAAGAGUUGGUAGUGGAAGACCCUAAUGGUACUGUAUUCAAACAAAAACUGGUGUAUGAUUGGGUUCCUACAUUUUGUAAAAAAUGUCAGGUAGUGGGUCAUAAAUUUGGAGGUAAAAGUGUUGCUCCUAGUAGAGUUGUUCAAAGGUGGAUUCCUAAGAAAGUAGUGCCUGUUGAGAAGACUGCUAUUCCGAUACCCCCCACAAUCUUAGUAGAUGCAGAACAAUUAGUGGAGGAUCUGGUGCAGGAAAAGACUGUGGAGGUAAAUGAGGUUACAGAAGAACCUGUUGUUACUCCUAUUAUUACCCCUGUUUCCAGUCCUGCACCAGAUGAAGGAUAA